AUGAGCGGAGUUAAUCGCUUCGUGAAGAAGAAAGAUGAGAAACCACGCAACAACCCCUUUGGAAAUGUCAAUCACGUAGCAGAUGACGCCGUUAUCAAGCCAGCUUUUCGGGCCAAAGAUUUAUAUGCAAAAGUCCCCAAGACUUCUCUGGACGCGAAUCCCGAGAGCAAUGUGAGUGACCUGUCCGGCCUAGCUAAAGCCCUUGCAGCUCGCUAUCCUCUUGUCUCCGACUCAGAACUAGGAUCCGUGAGUAAGAUACCGCAGAGACGCAACGUUACUGACCUCAAGCAGCAGAAGAAGAGUAAAUUUGAUGACACAGAGCUUGAGGAUAGUACUAUCAGUUCCAUUGAGGGCAUAUUACAAGAGCAACCGUAUGGGGUGCGCAACGGUCACGUCCAGUCGUCACCAAAAUUACUCAGCGCGGGCAAUUUCAACGAUUACGAGCAGCAGUAUGGACCACCCGAAGAGAAAGAGGAAGGCCACAACCAUUUCAAGAAGGAAGAAGACGAGCGCUAUCAUCAAAACGAUGUGCAUUUUGGCGAUCCCGUCAAUGUUGAGGCUGGCCCUGCUUUCUGGGACGAGAUAGGCGAAGCUCGAAGAGAUCCAAGCAAUGCUCGGUAUCUUCAGGCCCAGUCCCUACCCGUUCCAAGCUUCAUCCAGAAUCCAUCUCCCGUCCGUUCUCCUUCCCCUGUGCCGUACAGACAACGACCGACCUCACGACCUCGCCCAAGCCAGAGUUCCAUUAUGGCACCACCAGCGAAACCCACCAAGUCUACCGUCGUCAUCCCACCACCAGCACCGGUAAACAGUGCGCAAAUCACCGCAACCUUUGACAAAACAUCCUCUUACACCGACUCCUCCGGCAAUACAACUCCACCACCACUCUUUCCCCCUACCAACUCAAGAGACAAGACAAACAAGAAAAAACGCCCCCACUCCGACCUGCUUGACCACGACCCAGCCACCCUGAAAUCAGUGUCCUUCUCCGACCUUGACAAAGAAUUCUUCGACCUCGAUCCCCGCCAUCCGUCUAGUACCUCCACCACCACCUCGUCCACCCAUCUCGAAAAACUCUCAACCCUGAGAUCCCUCUCGGAAUCCGAACGCGCCAAAUUCUUCGCCUCUCAGACCAAAGACCAGUGGACGGCAUCGACAGAGUUCUUUGAAAAGAGACUGGGGGAAUUGUUUCAGGAGCUGAGGGGAGCGAGGGAGAAGAGGAGGGAUGUUGCGCUGAGGUUCGAGGCGGAGGUCAGGGAGAGGUGGGGUGCUGUUAGGGAGGGGGGGGAGGGAAUCGAGAGCGCGCUGGCGGAGAUCAGGGGGAAGGCCAGGGGGGUGCUGCCUGUGGGCGGUAAGUCUGGUGCCGGUCGUUGA